GAGCAGCAGUGAAUGGCUGUAUCUAGAGAGUGUUUGUGAGACAGAAGCAGCAUUUAUCUGGUCGAAUGAAUCUCACCUGGAUUUAUCUGCUGGUUUUACGCUUGCUCUACAAUCGGAAGAUGAAUCGAAGGCUCAAACCGUCUCGCAUAUGGCACUCACAAACACUCAAGACACAGUGAGAGUUCAAGGUCUCUCUCCUGGACAUGUCUAUCAUUUCUCACUGGUUCUUGUGCGCCCCAGUGGGGUGUCUCAGACACUUGGACCCAUUUUCUUUGCCAAUACAAAGCCAAAUCCUCCUCAGAAUCUCACAGUAACAGCUGUCACGUCCAGUCAGAUUGCAUUGUGUUGGAAUGCCCCCGAUUCUACCCAUAAUGCUCGGUUUGAGCACUUCAUCCUGCAGUGGGUGGAUCUAGUCUCUGGCAGAGGCCUUGCCAUUCACUUGGAAAAGUUGAAUCGGAGUGCUGUGAUUGGUGGGUUGAAGGCAUAUCGUGCCCACAGGAUCACAGUUGUGUCUGUCACAGCUCAAGGUGUGGAAAGCUCUGACAGUCUGUCCGUGACUGUUAUCACAGAGGUUAGUCCUCCACGCAGGGUCUCAGCUGAUGCUGUGGGUCUGGAGAACAUGACUGUGUGCUGGUGGCCUUCACUGCACGAGGACGUUGAUCAAUACUACAUCAAGCUCCACCCACAAACAAAUCAGGCUCAAACUAGAGAAUUCUGGGUAAAUGACUCCACCUGCAUCUCUCUUACACAGCUCAAAUCAGGUGGGACAUAUGAAGUGGGAGUGGCUGCAGUGAAGGGCAGAAACAUGAGCGUAGUGACAACCAUACAACAGACUCUAAAACCUGAUAGCAUACAGAUUGCUGUCCCAUACACAGUUGGCACACAUUCUGUGGAGCUCUUUGUGCAGAUGCCCAAAAACAGCAUUUAUGAUGGCGUCACCAUUACUUACCAGAAUAAUCGAUCCUGGACGCCAGUGUCCAAAGACAGCACCAAACUGUUAGUCGACAACCUGAGUCCAGGAACACAGUAUGACUUUAAUGUGUUUGUGACCAGCAGAGACACGAGCAGUGAAGGCUUUGUUCUGCCACCUGUGAGAACCUGUUUGGCUCCGCCCACUCAUGUGCGUGCUGGUGUUGUGACUGACAGCUCUAUAGAGCUCCUGUGGGACGGGGCUGAGGGGGGCAGCCACCAUUAUGAGGCACUGUGUAUGAACUGUGCUGAUUCUGUCAUGGUGCAGAAGGUUGUCGACACUAGGGCAAUUUUUAAAGACGUGAUUGCAGGAAAGCUAUGCAACUUUUCAGUCCGAGCCGAGAAGGAGUUUUUCAGAGACAGUUUGGCUGUGAUUAUCGCCAUAAGAGCUGCUCCCAGUCCGGUCACCUUGCUGCCAGUGCAGAGGACAUCAGCGUCUCUCAGUGUGCGCUGGAGGGCCGGCCGGGGGGUCUCUGACUCAUUCAUCCUGUCCAUCAGAAACCCAACCUUUAUCCUGCAGACCAGUCAAAGUGUGUCUGAUGACAGAGCAUAUUGCUUUGACAACCUGUUGCCCGGAAGUGUGUAUACUGUUGAAGUGAGCAGUGUUAGCGGAGAAAGGCGAAGUUUACCUGCUGCUGUAAACGCUAACACACUUCCAGAACCUCCUGAUGACCUCACUUUCAUUGAACAGGAAGUGAGCAGCAUGUAUGUGAUGUGGACACACCCACCGGGCAACGUGGAUGGUUACAGGCUUCAGUAUGGCUUUGCGGGUGACCUCCCUCUGCAGCACCAUGUUGAUCUUCAUGGCAACAGUGUCAGGAUUCAUGACCUGACCCCAGGAAGUGAUUACAGGUUUGAGAUCCAGUCCUUCCUGGGGUCAGAUUUCAGCCAGACCACAUCCCAAAACAUCUCUACUAGGCCAGCAGGUGUAUGUUCACUCUCUGUGUCUCACGUCAAUGGGACAUCUGCCACAGUGUCAUGGAAACCAGCCACUGGUCAUUUAGAUUUUUAUAGAGUGUCGGUCAGUAACAUCUCUCAUAUCUGGACAUUAGAUGUGAGUCCACACUCGCAGGAGGUCUCUGUCAGCAGCCUGUGGAACGGCUGCUCCUACAACAUCACUGUUCAACGCUUCAGAAACAACAUCAGUGGCACCGCUGCCGCAAUCACCAUAUGUACAGUCCCUGCCAGUCCUGUGGGGUUGCAAGUGAUAAGCGUGUCACCUCGUGCUUUCUCACUCCACUGGUUGGCAUCACCUGGAUGUGAUAUGAACUACCUGGUCCAACUGCGUCCUGACCACGGCAAUAUCAACAUCACCACCACAGCAGACAGCGGAGUGCAGGCUCAAGUGUCCAGUGUAACCCCUGGAACAUCAUACACUGUGACGGUCAAUGCAGUGGCCUCGUCAGGGUUCAGCUCACCCGUCAGCCGAAUACUCGUCACCACUAAUAUAUCCUUACCUGCGGCCCCCUCUAAGCCAGAAGGUGAGCGGGUGGGUUCCACUGGGAUCCUGCUGUCCUGGCGGAUGCCAUUGCCUCUCGACUCCUCGAUUCACUCGUUUGUCAUCAGAUACAAGGAAAUGUGUCCAUAUCCCGACCCUACCUUCACUGAGGUCACCAAGAGCCUGGAUAUCCCAGAAACCCUGCUCAACACACUCACCCCUGGAGCUACAUACAACAUCAAGGUUGCAGCAGUAAACAAAGCAGGAGUUGGACCUUUUAGCCAGUCUCUGUACUACAAAACUGCAGAGGCCCCCCCUGGUCUGGUGUCAAACCUCACAGCGUUCGCAGAGGAUCACACGUCAGUGUUAGUGACCUGGUUUCUCCCCGUACGCAUUAAUGGACUCAUCACUAAGUUUGCAGUAAAAGUCAAACAUGCUCGAACAGGCCAGAUCGUCCGUACUCGGGUGCUCAAUGCAGAGGAAAUCAUGAACGGAGCCCUGCCUCACUGCAACGACGCAGCAGACAUCUUAUCUCGUGGAACUCCAAGCCCAUCUGUGUCUUCCCAGUUGACCUCUGCUGUGUUGCCCACUGUUACGCUCUCAGCCGUACCUCCCGCCUUCAUCUGGAGUGUUCCAAUCAGUGUGAAGAUCGAUGAGCUCCGCCCCUACACUCCUUAUGUGUUUGAAGUCUCCGCCUUCACCAGUGAUGGGGAGGGACAGAUCGCCAGCACUAUGGUCCGCAUGCCAGAGGCUGCCCCUGAAGACCCACCUCAAAGCGUAGUUUUCAGAAACAUCACUUCUAGAUCUCUGUCGCUAUCUUGGGACCCUCCAAAGAUCACCACAGGACGGUUCAGUUACGUCAUCCAGCUCCACAGCUCUGAAGGGUUUAUUAGUGAGAACAACACAAUCGAGCAGGCGUUUAUGUACACUGGACUGACUCCAUACACACAAUACUACAUCCAUGUGAUGGCCAAAUCAGCAGGGGCCACAGGACCGGCAGCAGAGAUCAACAUUACAACACUAGCAGAAGCCCCAAGUGCUGUGUCUCAUCUGACAGCUGAGGCUGUGGACUCCACGUCUGUCCGUCUGUCCUGGAGACCCCCGGGCCAACCGAACGGACUAAUCACACACUAUCAGAUAUUGGUGUUAUACCGCAGUACUCUUGUGCAGGACAUCACCCUGCGAGGACAGAAUGCUCCACUUCGUCGUAAUGCAAGGUCACUAGAAAUCACUACGUCAUCUGCAUUCAUUCUCACCUCACACAGAACUUUUCCCACUGUGGGUCGUGAUUUUACAAACACUGAUACAGAACUGACCUCUGACCUUCCUCUGACCCCGAGCACCCCCCACACACCUCCACCCUGGCUCACAGUGACCCAUGACCGAACUGAUGUAUCUGUUAAAGCUGAGACUGAGGCUGUGACUCAGGAACCUUUGACUGAACUUUCAGCUGUCACUCAAGGAACUGACCAACCAACAUUGGUUAACUUAAGCCCCUCCCAGCCCCGUCGUUCCACUAGGGCGGUGGCCACAGACUCCACCCAGCAGCAGACAAACCCCUCAACAAGAGCUGCCACCACUAUUGGAAUAGAGGUCCUACCUGCCACUGAGGAGACAGCAGACCUGUCGUCUGAUCAAAUCAUGUAUAUUGUUAGAAGACUGAGUCCUUUCACUGAGUAUACAUUUAGUGUGACAGCAAAAAACAUAAUUGGAGAAGGGCCUUCCACAGAAGUUACAGUGAAAACAACUGAACAAGUGCCCAGCUCUGUUCAGAAUGUGUCCUAUCAGAACCUGACCUCCACCUCCAUCCGUGUUACUUGGGAGCCGCCACUGAACCCUAACGGCAAACUGACUCACUACACUGUAUAUGCACAAAAUCUCCUUACAAACCAGCAAUUACGACAGACGGCGGACACAACCACUGAAGUGCUCACAGGUCUGGACAAGUACAGUAGUUAUAAGGUACGUGUGGCCGCUUCCACCGCCGUGGGGGAAAGUCCACUGACAGAUGAAGACUACAUCUUCGUUAUGACACUAGAGGAUGAGCCGGAUUCACCCCCACGGGAUCUGGCCGUAGUGAAAACCACCUCCUCCACCGCUUCUCUCACCUGGUCUCCGCCAGAGAAACCCAACGGCAUCAUCCGCCUGUAUGAGGUCUCCUACACCAACGGCACAUACAGCAACACAGUCAACAGCACAUCACCCAGUGCCACACUGCACCACCUGAAGCCUUACACACACUACAAUGUGACUGUCCGUGCGUUUACUCUACACGGACACGGGAACCAGAUUUCUGAUACUCUACAGAUGCUGUCGGGGGAGGAUGUGCCUGGCAGCCCACCAUACGAUUUGACCUAUGAGUACAUCGGAUCCAGUGAGGUGAAUGUGUCAUGGUCACCCCCUCUUCUGGCAAAUGGCAUCAUCUUGUUCUACAAUGUAGAAUACUGGAACGCCACACACAGUCUGAACCAAACCACACAAGUGCCGUAUGUCAUCCUGUCCAACCUGCGAAAGUAUGCACGCUACCGUAUCAGCGUACAGGCCGCCACACUGGUCGGCUCUGGAAACCACACGAGCGAGAUCCUGAACAUCACCACAUUGGAGGACGUGCCGAGUGGUCCCGUCCACAACCUCACUGCUAUGAUCUAUAGCUCUACGGCUGUUGUGAUCAGCUGGGACCCUCCUCUGGAGCCCAAUGGCAGAGUCUUCUAUCAGCUGAGCCUCCAAGAGGCGGGUACGACCCACCCGUCCAUCAACCGCACAGUCAACACCACCAUUACCGCAACUACCACAGACAACAUCUACCUCUUUACCAAGCUCAGGAAGUAUUUUCCCUACAUCAUAAAAGUCACCCCAGCAACUAGUGCUGGAUCGGCUUUAAACCACACUGCAAUGCUACCCCUGCGAACAGAUGAAGAUGUCCCAAGUUCUCCACCAUUGCCCGGAGCUAGUAGCAAUCUCUCCAGCACUUCCAUCUAUGUGUCAUGGUUCCCCCCAGUCGAGGCCAAUGGCGAGAUCAUAAAUUAUACUGCAGUUUUACAAGGUCCUGGGAACGUCAACAAAACCUACACCACUGUAGAAACACACCUAAUGCUCUCAGAGCUCACUCCAUUUACACCUUACAAUCUCUCCAUCGCUGCGGUCACACGCAUAAAUGCCGGUCCCUCCGUGAUUAUUCCGCUGCAGACUGAUGAAGCAGUCCCAAUGUCUCCACCACACAAUCUGAGUAUUUUUAACCACACUGUGAAUUCAGUGUGGCUUCAUUGGGAACCAAGUCCAGAGCCAAAUGGAAUCAUCCAGCACUAUGGUUUCCGAAUACUCGAACUAAACACAUACACUUUCAGAUAUCAGAACUCAUCAGAUGCAUCCACACAAGCAGAACUGAGUGGCUUUAGACCUCAUAAUUCAUAUAAUAUCAGCGUGUGCGCGUUCACUAGAGCAGGAAAUGGAGAUCAGUACAGCCAACCUGUCAUAUUCACCACCAAUGAAUCAGUGUCAGAUGCCGUUGGGAAUUUGACCUGCUCUGGAUUGGAUUGGAAUUCAGUCUACAUGAAAUGGGAGCUUCCGAUUCAUCCCAACGGAGAGAUUCUGUACUACAUCAUUCGCUCUGGAGAUCUAGAGGAGGAGGCUCAUCCUCUCGUGCUCACACACACAGUGGCACACACUUUCAUCGGCCUGUCACCAAACAUUUUCUAUGUCAUCAGCGUAGCUGCAGUUAAUUCAGCCGGAAUAGGGGACGAAGCCAACUGUACUGCACACACUCCACCAGAGUCAGUUCCUGGUCCGCCCCAGUCACUGAACAUAACGGAUGUUAGCUCUGACAGUGUGUCUGUGAGCUGGCAGCGUCCCGUCCACGUUCCUGGUCUGUUGCAGGGUUAUAAUGUAGAGAUUCAGCAAUUGGCAAGAAAUUGUGUGCCAGAGCAACACAUGGAGUCCUGUGUGGAGAGAGAGUUUGAGGUGUGGGUUGAAGGAGAAACCAGUGGAGUCACACUUUCCCAUCUGCUGAAAUAUAGAGAUUACAGUAUCAGACUGGUGGCGUUCACCGGGGCUGGAGCCGGAGAACCCUCCAACUGGAUCCACACACAGACACUCGCAGGAAACCCUGAUGCCCCCCCUGGUAACAUAUCAGUGUCUGCUUCUCCCACUCAGUUAAAUAUUGAGUGGGACGAACCAUCAGUCAUCACAGGACCCACCUCAUACAUCAUUGACAUCACUGAUUUGGAUGGUUUGGGAUACAACAUAAGCCUAGUGCGGCAUUCAGAGGAGACCAGGAAGGUGUUUGUCGGGAACCUGACUGCAUUUACCCUGUACUCCAUUACCAUCACCGCCUUCACGGGGCAGCUUUCCAACGCUCGCACAGACGGCAAAGCAUCUGAACCCGUUCUCGUCAGAACCCUGGAGAUUGAGCCCAAAGAUCCUCCCAAAAACUUGACAUUGACGGUGAUCCCAGAGGAAGUGACACGUGUUUAUGUAACAUUCUCUCCACCGGAUGAGCCGAACGGAAACAUCAGUGCCUACCGCGUCGCUAUCUAUCGAAACGGACAACUGGACUUCUACAUUAACAUGCUACCUGUGAUCAGCAACCCUAAUAACACCAUGACAGCCAUUAUAGAUGGAUUGAAGGGUGGAUUCAAUUACAGCAUAAGGAUUGCAGCUGUGAAUGGAGCCGGUUUUGGACCAAGUUCAGAGGUUCAGGUCACUACAGGUGUGAAAGCACCACCCAAACCGUUGAAGAGGCCACGGGCUGCUCUGAACAACGCAGGUGUCAUCAUCUCUACCUCCAAGACUAUCACCAUUGAGAUGCCAGAAUGUUUCUUUAAAGAUGACCAUGGACCAAUCCAAAAAGUCCAGGUCAUUGUUUCUGAACCAGCAGUGAUGGACUACGGAAAUCUGUCCAACUGGAAGAGUGUUUUCCUCUACCCUACUUCCCCAUACCUGACUGACGAAGGCUUUUCGAACCCAGAGUGCUCGGAGAAAGCAGAGCGCAUGAGCACACACACUAAUAUGUAUAUUAUAGGAGAUGAUGAGAGCUGCCUGUCUGAAGAUGCCAAGACACUUUGUAACGGACCCCUUAAACCCAAAACAUAUUAUGUGUUCAAAUUUCGAGCAACAAACAUCCUUGGGCAGUACACAGACUCCGAGUACUCAGACAGGGUCAGAACCGCAGAUGACCGCCUGCUGACCAGAGACGAGCAGAUCAUUCUUGGGGUCCUGCUGUCAUUUUUCCUGGCCUUGAUUUUCAUUCUGAUUAUAUACGGAUCUGUGAAGAUCCACCGCAGGCAGAAGGAAGGUGGGACGUACUCUCCACGUGAGGCAGAGAUCAUCGAGACCAAGUUCAAGCUGGAUCAGCUCAUUACAGUGGCUGACCUGGAGCUCAAAGAGGAGAAGAUUAACCGGCUGCUAAGUUACAGGAAAUCUCUCAAGCCAAUCAGUAAGAAAUCAUUUCUUCAGCAUGUGGAAGAUCUUUGUGCCAAUGACAAUGCCAAGUUUCAGGAGGAGUUUGCUGAGCUGCCGAAGCUGCUUCAGGAUCUGGCCACAUCAGACGCUGACCUGCCGUGGAAUCGCUCCAAAAAUCGCUUCACAAACAUUAAGCCUUAUAACAAUAACAGAGUGAAGUUACUGUCUGAGCCAGGAAUGCCGGGGUCUGACUACAUCAAUGCCAGCUUCGUCUCCGGCUAUCUGUGUCCUAAUGAGUUUAUAGCCACUCAGGGUCCUCUGCCUAGCACCGUCGCAGACUUCUGGAGGAUGAUUUGGGAGACGGGGACCAAAACCAUCGUCAUGCUCACCCAGUGCUUUGAGAAGGGCCGGAUCCGCUGUCAUCAGUACUGGCCAGAGGACAAUAAACCCGUCACUGUUUUUGCUGAUAUCAUAAUCACUAAACUCACAGAAGAUGUGCAUCCUGAUUGGACGGUCCGGGCGCUAAGAGUGGAGAGGCACGGAAGCUACAUGAUUGUUCAUCAUUUUAACUACACCUCAUGGCCAGAACACGGCGUUCCGGAGUCCAGCUCUACACUCAUUCAGUUUGUCAAAGCGGUUCGCUCACACAGAGGCCAUGACAACACAACCAUCGUGGUCCACUGCAGUGCUGGUGUGGGCAGGACUGGAGUGUUUAUAGCCCUGGAUCAUCUCAUUCAACAUGUGAGGGAUCAUGAUUUUGUGGAUAUAUAUGGCCUGGUCGCAGAGCUACGCAGUGAGAGGAUGUGCAUGGUGCAAAACCUGGCUCAGUACAUGUUUCUGCAUCAAAGCACUCUGGAUCUGCUGUCUGCAAAAGGAAACAGUCAGUCCAUAUGGUUUGUAAAUUACUCUGCUCUGGAGAAGAUGGACUCAUUGGAUGCAAUGGAGGGUGAUGUAGAGCUGGAAUGGGAAGAGACGACGAUGUAACAGGGACACUGUUCCUGUCAGUCUGGUGGUUGUGAGGAGACACUCAUUAAAAAUCCAGACGCUGGGACUUUGGACCCUGGGGCCAAACACGCUGAGCAAAGGAUAAACGAGGAAUACAAUAGCAAACUGGAAUAUUCUCGCCUGAAUGGAUUGUCUCUGUCUCUCAACCUCUCAUUUGCAUCAGCCAGACAGCCUCAUCCAUCAAAGUUUUUUCUAAAGUUCUUGUCCAACUUCUGUAAUUAUUUUAUCUCUCCCUAGAAAGUGGUACACCACCUACUUAUGGACUCAAAUGGAUCAAACUCUAAAAAUAUGCCUGUUUCUUAAGGAAGUAGGAAUAUUCAGCAGUCAGGAGUGAGAAAUGAUUGGGCUUUUAUGUCCUGUAGUCAAAUGUAUUAUUAAUGCAGUUAUUAGGGAUGAGAAUCAUGAUAAUUUUUUCCUAAUGGUUCUCUUAAUGAUUCUUUUGGUAAAUUUUUAUUUUAUUUGGAAAAAUGAUGAAAUUAUUUUAAACAGAACAGUAAUUUAUUUGCAUGCAUAGAACAUAUCCUUACACCAAGAAUGGAAAUUAUAACUAUAACAAUAUAUAUCUAUAACUCCACAUCAACAAAGAGUAACGUUGUGUUUAUUCUAAGCACUGCAGUGAUGUUCUGUGAAAAAAAAGUUGCAUUGAAUUGGAAUAUCUGUAAAUGUAUUUAUCGUUCAUCUGGAAAAAUCGCUAUUCUUUUAAGGCCCAUUCACAAAAAUAACAAUAUUAGCAUCCAGGAACGUUCUGUUUAUUAUAAGCGUGCACUGCAGUAAUGUGGUAUACCACUUAAAAUACACGAGCUCUACAAUGUCGGAUCGAUUGCAAUGGGCCGUCAUUGUUUUAACAUUCAUUAACUGGAAAUAAUUGUUCUGAAAGAGGUUCUAAAUAUAGUUUCUCAGUUAAAAACCGAAUUGUUAAUUAAAGUUAAGUUAUCGUGUGAACUAGACAUGUCCAAACAGCAGGAUGUAUAACGUUAUUUGGAGCGCAUGCUUUACAGUCGGUUUGGUUUUUUAUUUAUUUUUAUGGUUUAUCCGCUGGAAAAAAAUGCCCUAAAAUCGAUCCCAAUGAUAUUUUCCACGGCAUCAUUAUUAUUGCUGUGGUCUGAUUUUAAACUUUUAAAACCACCAUAUAGUAAUCGUUCUUGGUGUGAACGGGACAUUAGACAUGCUAGUCUAGAUAUGACUAGAUAGAGGUCUGACAUGAGCGAUAAUUUACCCAUAAUGAGAGAAAACUGUGCUUAUUUCAUACGGAAGAUAAUGUUUCAUUUAUGUCUAUUGCAAAUGUUUUUCUAAUCAGGAACUGUGAAGUUUGAACACCGCAUCUAUUCAUAAUCAUCUCUGAAGUUUCAGACAAUGGUGCUUUGUCAUUUAUUCAAUCGGACUGCUUUUAUUUUGCUACCCACUGACCUUCCACUAACUUAUCCUAAAGCUGAUGCAGAGUGAGAUAACACACUUUAUAUGUUCAUUCAUUUGUAAAUGAUAGCUUGACAAGUCGUUGAUUUGUCUUUUAUUGCUUUAUCCAUAUUUUCGUGUUAAAGAAGAACUGAGUGAGUGGAAAUCUGUCAUCUCAAAAUUGUUAAGCUCUUUCAGAACUUAUCUUUUGCAUAAAUUAUUAUGAAGCCAAAUGAGUGUCAGAUGACAUAUGGUUUUGUUGUGUGUGUGUUUGGAAAUCAACAGUAUUUGUGUUUUGAAAUAAAUAUAUAAAUAUUGUUUUCUUCUGAAGAUCAUAGCAGA